AUGGUCUCCCAUAGUCAUAAUAAGCCUCCGUUCCCAUGUUUCUGCACCAUCCUGCUCCUCCUAUGCUCUCCUCUCUGCUGCUCCGGCAGAUCCAACCAGCAGGAUUAUUUCGAAGCCUACACUCUGGGCUCUACAUUCAAGGAAACGGAUGGCUUCCUGUUCCUCGCCAACUCAAGUAGUACGGUGUCAGGUGGCAGCAGGGUUACCCUGGGAUCUUACAUGGAAACUGACCAUCCAGCAUUCAACCUGUCCUCCAAUGGUUGGUUCUUCAUCCUUCAGCCAAUCUUUUUAUGGAAAUACAGGGACAAUGGGACGGGCCUCAAUGAGGCGUCGUUCAACUUCAGGUUCACCAUGAGCAUCAACCAGACGAAAGCAGCAGGUAGCAGCCUUGCCUUCGCCAUCCACCCUUCCCUCGAUGAUUAUUUAGGGUAUCCCGUGUCUUUUCCACCCAAUCCCAAUGGGGCCUCCGACUCCGACUCCGAGCCCACGUCCACCACCGUGUCCGGCGGCCAUGUCUCUGCACAGAUCAGCACCGUUUACGGGACAGCAUCUGAUCCGCGUAACAUUAGCUUGGUGCAGAUGGCCAUGGAGUCGCCGGGCAAUUCCUCCUUGAGGAGCAACUACAGUGUGUGGAUCGAUUACGACCACGUUGAGCACCGCAUGUCAGUCUCCGUCGAUGCUGUACAUGGGACGCCGAGCACCGCCACCGCCAACGCGAUCGUCAAGAUGAGCGACAUCAUGCCAUCAACAGCAUCCUUUGGCUUCUAUUCCUCGAUGGAGCAGCUCCUACAACUCGACUCAUGGAGCUUGACGGCCGAAAGGUUACCCUAUUCCUACCCGCUACCACAUUUAGUAGGGAAGCCGAAGGGGAACGGGAACACCAUACUGUUCUCGGUCCUCGGAUCGGCAGCUGCUGUCGCCGCCACCGCUGCCGUUGCGUACCUCUACUUCAACUCGAAAUACAGGAGGUGGAAGAAGGAGCAGGACAAGCUUGCCAAGACCAUGCAGCGCCUCCCCGGGGUGCCCACCCAGGUCGACUACGCCGACAUCAAGAGGGCCACCAAGAGCUUCCAUGAGACCAUGAAGCUGGGGAAGGGCGGGUUUGGGGCCGUGUACCGGUGCACGCUUCCCGCUGCUUCGCUGAGAAGGGGGCGAGCGAUGGAGGUGGCCGUCAAGAAGUUCAUGCGGGAUGUUGAGGACCAACGCUAUGACGACUUCCUGGCGGAGGUCAGCAUCAUCAACCGUCUACGCCACAAGAACAUAGUCCCGCUCGUCGGCUGGUCCUACAACAAAGGUGAGCCACUACUUAUCUACGAGUACAUGACCAACGGUAGCUUGGAUCAGCAUCUCUUCCGGAGAGGCAGCACCACCCGGCAGCAGCAGCAAGAAGAAACCACAUGCCUUCGGCAAUGGCACACCCGCUACGGCAUCGCCAGGGACAUAGCUACGGGCCUGCAUUAUGUCCAUCAUGAGCACGAGCCGAUGGUGCUGCACCGUGACAUCAAGGCCAGCAACAUCAUGCUCGACUCAACCUUCCGUGCUCGCCUCGGUGACUUCGGCAUCGCCUGCACGGUCGCUGUCAACAGGAGCUCCGUCACCGGCGUCGCCGGCACGUUCGGCUACAUUGGGCCGGACUACGCCAUGAGGCACAAGGCCACACGCCAGACUGACAUCUACGCGUUUGGGGUGCUCAUCCUCGAGGUGGUCACUGGCAAGAAGAACGGGGAUGUCGGACCUGAUGACGACCACAUCACGGAUUGGGUCUGGCGUCUUCACCGGGAAGGGAUGCUGCUUGAGGCUGCUCACGGCGUGCUCACCGCAGCGGACCGUCAGCUGGACGACGUCGUCGACGAAGCUAGACGUCUGCUGCUACUUGGAUUGGCGUGCACCAACCCCAACCCAUCCGAUCGCCCAAGCAUGGUGGAGGUGGUGCAGGUCCUCACCAAGUUGGCGCCAGCGCCGGUCGUGCCGCUUUAUAGGCCAACAUUCGUGUGGCCGCCCGAAGACUGGCGUUCACGGGACUCUGUCUAUAGCACGGCAGGGAGUAACUGGGACGGGAGCUCUGCUAGCACGGUCGAGCUGGGGCAGAUCAGCCAGGAACAGCCUCUGUCAGCCAGCGGCUUUGGAGGAUACACCUUCGUUCAUAGCACAGAGACGAGUGGGAGCUGCGAUGGGACUGUGGCACAAGAUUCGUUUGGAGCAGACACCAAGCACACAGCAGCUAGCUUAAUUUUGUAGUCUUGGGAUAUGAUAUGUAUCAAGAUUGGUCUUGGAGUCCAAUUUGUCCAGAAAUAGACGGAGCUUUAAUCUAACUCGGACUCCAAAACCUCGGAAUUCAAUUUCAGUGUGAGCUCAGUAUAAUGCUACCAAUUAGGGUGGGGACUGGCAAUGUUUUCGUGGUUUGAAUUUCAUAUGCUACAGCAGAAGACUCAACUGAAAAGUUAAAACAUAAAAAACCUAGCCUUCACUUUUUUUUUCUGGAAUUCGCCUGAAUGGCAGAGCGCUCCGGGGACUGAUGUCAG